UCGCGCUGCGUGACUACCCCACAAGAUGCGUGCCCCCACGGUGUGCGGACCUCCCCCGGACUGAAUCUGUGGCCCAGCUCCUGUGAUGGCCGCAUGGGAGAAGGUCGAGGAACACCAGGUCCGUCUGUGAAGGCAGGGUGGCUGUCACAACACUGAGAUCACAUGAAAGGAUUAAGAGCCCCUUCUCUGAAAAGAAGGUUGGAGUGCAGCUUGAAGGUUUUCUUAUACUGUUCUCCUGUUACUAAAGAGUUGUUGCUAACUAACCCAAAGUACAAAUUUUGGGAGAAAAGAAUUCUAUCAAUUGAAAUUGAUACUCCUACCCAGAUAUCUCUGGUUGAUGAAGCAUCAGGAGAGAAGGAAGAGAUUGUUGUGACUCUCUUACCAGCUGGUCAUUGUCCAGGAUCAGUUAUGUUUUUAUUUCAGGGCAGUAAUGGAACUGUCUUGUACACAGGAGACUUCAGAUUGGCAAAAGGAGAAGCUGCCAGAAUGGAACUACUGCACUGUGGGGGCAGAGUGAAAGACAUCCAAAGUGUAUACUUAGAUACAACUUUCUGUGAUCCAAAGUUUUAUCAAAUUCCAAGUCGGGGGGAGUGUCUGAGUGGAAUAUUAGAGCUGGUUCGAAGCUGGAUCACUCGGAGUCCCUGCCAUGUUGUAUGGCUGAACUGCAAAGCAGCUUACGGGUAUGAAUAUCUAUUCACCAACCUCAGUGAAGAAUUUGGAGUACAGGUUCAUGUGGAUAAACUUGACAUGUUUAGAAACAUGCCCGAUAUUCUUCAACAUCUCACCACAGACCGUAAUACUCAGAUCCAUGCAUGUCGGCACCCGCAGGCAGAGGAAUACUUUCAGUGGAAUAAAUUACCCUGUGGAAUUACUUCCAAAAAUAAAAUUCCACUUCACACAAUUAGCAUUAAGCCAUCUACUAUGUGGUUUGGAGAAAGAACCAGAAAAACAAAUGUAAUUGUGAGGACUGGAGAGAGUUCAUACAGAGCGUGCUUUUCUUUUCACUCAUCCUACAGUGAGAUUAAAGAUUUCUUGAGCUACAUCAGCCCUGUGAAUGCAUAUCCAAAUGUCAUCCCAGUAGGCACAACUGUGGAUAAAGUUAAAGAAAUCUUGAAACCUUUGUGCCGAUCUUCCCAAAGUAUGGAGCAAAAGUAUAAACCACUUGGAAAACUGAAGAGAACUAGAACAACACACUUAGACUCAGAGGAAGAUGAUGAUGAGCUCUUUGAUGAUCCUCUGCCAGUACCUUUAAGGCACAAGGUUCCAAACCAGCAAACUUUGCACCCUGAGGUAUUUCCAAUGACUGCAGUAUCACAAAAUCAGCCUGAAAAACUGAGACAAAGUACAGGAUGCUUCAAAGCAGAAAGUAUACAAAACUCUCUGUGGGAAAACUUUAUGGAUUGUGAAGAAUCCAACAGUGAAAGUGAAGAAGAGUUACAAAUCUCACCUUCAGCUCAAGGAGAUCUGAAUUCUGCUACAUGUCAUCAGCAAAAGACUGAUAUGGAAGUACCACAGUGGGAAGUAUUCUUUAAAAGAAAAGAUGAAAUCACAGAUGAUGGUUUGGAAAACUGCCCUUCAUCCACAGAAGCAGGGGCCUCUCAGUCACCAAAGCUUUUCAGUGACUCUGAUGGGGAAUCAACUCACAUCUCCUCUCAGAAUUCUUCUCAGUCAACACAUAUAUCAGAACAAGGAAGUCAAGGCUGGGAUAGCCAAUCUGACACUGUUUUAUUAUCUUCCCAAGAGAGAAGCAGUGUAGAUAUUACUUGCUUGAACAAAGGUAGCUACAACAGACCAAGAAUCAAAGAGAAUGUUCCUGCCUCUCAGAUGGAACAAAAUGCAUUUUUCCCAAAAAAUACUUACUCUGAUUUGAAAAGCAGAGAUCAAGAUAUAAGUAUAGUUCCUAGUGUUGGAGAACCAACUAUUUUAAGCACUGGGGAAAAAAUACCUCAGGAAAAGUUGUUGCUAAAUCCUAGUACCAAUGCAGAUUCACAGAGCUCCUCUGAUUUUGAAAUUCCCUCAACUCCAGAGGCUGAACUACCUAAACGGGAACAUUUAAGAUAUUUAUAUGAGAAGCUGGCAACAGGUGAGAAUAUAGUAGUUGAAAAAAGAACAAGCACUCUCUCAGAUAAUUAGGAAU